GGGUCCCCCAACACCGAGGCUGAGGGACUCGCCACGGCUCGGUCGCCGGAGAGGGAGGGCCCCGCUGCCGUCGGCCAGAAGUCAAGGAGCCCUCAGUGACUGGAGGAUCAACGACACCUCCACAUCGCUGUCCCUGCCCGGCUGGGGCAGUGCUAUCACCAGCUAAGACUCAAGGACGGACAGAGUCCCAGGACUCCUGGGUUCCUUGCCAGGGAGGAGGAGAAGUUCAUCUGCCAGGGGUUGAGUGUGACCGAGGGACAGGUGAUCAGUCCCGGAAUGCCCCUGCCUGAGCCCAGAGAGCAGGAGGGUGAGAGCGUGAAGGCCGGGCAGGAGCCGUCCCCUGAGCCGGGCACUGACGUCGUCCCGGCCGCCCCCAGGAAGCCCAGGAAGUUCUCCAAACUGGUCCUGCUCACGGCCUCCAAAGACAGCGCCAAGGUGGCAGGGGCCAAACGCAAAGGGGUGCACUGCAUCAUGUCCCUGGGGGUGCCAGGCCCCGCCACCCUCGCCAAAGCCCUUCUCAAGACCCACCCCGAGGCCCAGCGGGCCAUCGAGGCGGCCCCCCAGGAGCCUGAGCAGAAACGCAGCAAGCCUGACCCGGAUGAAGACGGGCAAGAGGAAGCUGGUGGAUCAGCAGGAGGACCACCCGCGGCGGACGGGGAAGAGUUCGCCUGCCCUGCAGCGCCCUGAGCGAUCCCCUGACCAUGGCAAGCACGGGAGCAGGAGGAGUUGUCCGUGUCCUUUCCAGGUCCACCCACUGGGCCACAGGCUCUCCUCUGUCCACAUGGCUUUCGGGACCCAGUUGUAGACAGAUUUUCACUUCAACGUUGUGUAAUUUUUUAAGAGAUCAAGUAUAAGUUACUUUUGUAAGCAGAAAAAAGUAAGAAAAAGAAUAAAAGAAACUGUAUGCUAGAGC